CGCUGCUGCUGCUGCUGCUGCCAGCUCUGGCUCUGGAUCACCUGCCCGGCGGCGGCGGCGGCAGCGGCAGCGGCGGGGAAGGGGAAAGGGCUUCCUGGGCUCCCCGCCGGUGGUGCCAGCCCGGCCGCCUUCCUCUUCUGCCUCUUCUUCCUCGGCCGCCAGCGCCGCCAGCCGCGGGUAUAUGGAGAGGAGCUCGCUGCGGCAGCUCAUCCAGGAGCAGCUUGAUCCCAAAAACACCGGUUUCGUUGGGGUGGAGACCUUCGCCAGCCUGGUCCACAGCCAUGAACUCCCUCUGGACCCUGCGAAACUGGAGAUGUUGGUGGCCUUGGCACAAAGCAACGAUGAGGGUCAGAUCUGCUAUCAGGAGCUAGUAGAUCUGGUCAGUGGCAUCAGCAGCAAACGUUCCAGCAGCUUCAAGCGGGCCAUCGCCAACGGACAGAGGGCCCUGCCUCAGGAUGGCCUCCUGGAUGAGACCGGGCUGGGUUUCUACAAACGCUUUGUGCGCUACGUGGCGUACGAGAUCCUCCCGUGUGAGAUGCACCGACGGUGGUACUUCUACCAGCACCGUGCCUGUCCUCCACCGGUCUUCAUGGCUGUGGUCACACUCACCCAGAUCAUCGUUUUCCUUUGCUAUGGAGCGCGGCUGAACAAGUGGGUGUUACAGACCUACCAUCCAGAGUACAUGAAAAGCCCUUUGGUCUACCAUCCUGGACAUCGCGCCCGGGCCUGGAGGUUUCUCACAUACAUGUUCAUGCAUGUAGGGUUAGAACAGUUGGGGUUCAACGCGCUCCUGCAGCUGAUGAUCGGGGUGCCCCUGGAGAUGGUCCAUGGCGUUCUUCGCAUCAGCUUUCUCUACCUCGCAGGAGUCCUGGCAGGUUCGCUGACCGUCUCCAUCACCGACAUGAGAGCCCCUCUGGUUGGAGGUUCGGGAGGCGUCUACGCCCUCUGCUCGGCUCACCUGGCCAAUGUCGUCAUGAAUUGGGCUGGGAUGCGUUGUCCCUAUAAACUCCUCCGUAUGGUGCUGGCGUUGGUGUGCAUGAGUUCCGAAGUGGGCCGGGCCGUCUGGCUGCGUUUCUCCCCGCCGUUGCCCUCCGCCGGCCCCCAGCCCAGUUUCAUGGCCCACUUGGCCGGGGCCAUUGUGGGCAUCAGCAUGGGGCUGACCAUUCUUCGCAGCUACGAGGAAAACCUGCAGGAUCAGUGCGGGUGGUGGGUAGUGCUCCUCUCCUACGCCACCUUCCUGGUUUUCGCCGUCUUCUGGAACAUCUUCGCCUACGACCUUCUGGGCACGCAGAUCCCGCUGCCCCCGUAG